AUGGCUGGGGCUCCCACCCUACUUAAGGCGGAUGCCACGUGGUCGCGGCACCCCGAACACCAGGCCGUAUUCGACGCGGUGAAGUCAAGCUUGUCCACUGCGCCAUCGUGUUUCGAAGCGUACUCGUCGCUGCUACCUCGACUGCAGUGA